AAUCAUUUAAGACCCAAAAACAGUAAUAAAAAAAAAUGUCGUUUGUCCCCGUAUCCCCUAGAGCAGCAGACGCCACAGCUGUCGAUCUCGGAGUGUAAGCGACCACCUGGACUGCGGCAGGGCGUAGGGGGACACUCAGGAAGAUGUGGGCCCCAAUACACAUGCGUAAGAUAUUUGUGGGGGGGAUUGACUACACAACCACAGACGAAAGCCUAAAGGAACAUUUCUCAGCAUGGGGAGAGGUGGUGGACGCAGUGGUAAUGAAGGACCCAGCAACAAACAGGUCCAGAGGCUUUGGGUUUGUAACCUUCAUGAAUCCAGAUCAUGUGGAUGCAGUUCAACGAGCGAGGCCACACAAGGUGGAUGGAAGGCUUGUGGAAACAAAGCGAGCAGUCCCGCGCAGUGAUGCAAAUAGCACGAUACUUCCAACUACAAAUCAUCCAGAUGCCACUCACACCAGGAUUUUUAUAGGAGGCUUACCACAG